AAGUCUCGUUAGCAAACUUGGGCCCCUCCAUUCAGCGCUUUGCUCUUUCUUUUUGACAGUUUUCCUGACAAUAGCCUGCUAAUAUUCGCUUAUUUUGUGCGGUGAACUCGUAAAACCCUCGGGACGAUACUGCCAAGACAGGCUGUUUUCUUUUGAUAGUUGGGUCGAGAGGUUUAGUGACGUAUUAGCGUCUUUUUCGGUGAUUACAAAUGAUACAAAAUGUAUUUUAUUCUGGGGCCAUUUCACCUGCAUUGACAGGCUUGAUGGCGGGUGAGGCGUGAUCGGCGCGGCCCAGCCAUCAUGACCGAAUGCUUCCUGCCGCCCAGCAGCAGCCCCGCCGAGCAGCGGCGGGCGGAGCACCCGGGCGGCGCGGCGCGCACCCCCAGCUCCGAGGAGAUCAGUCCGACCAAGUUUCCCGGGCUGUACCGCACAGGUGACCCGUCGCCGCCGCAUGAUGGCCUCCACCACGAGGCGCCUGACGCUUAUGUGUCAGACGACGACAAAGAGCACAGCAAGAAGAAGAACAAGUUCAAGAAGAAGGAAAAGCGGACGGAAGGAUACGCCGCCUUCCAGGAGGACAGCUCAGCUGACGAGGCCGAGAGCCCGUCCAAGAUGAAGCGCUCCAAGGGCAUCCACGUGUUCAAGAAGCCCAGCUUUUCCAAGAAGAAGGAGAAGGACUUCAAGGUGAAGGAGAAGUGCCCCAAGGAGGCCAAGGACAAGAAGUCCAAGGACCUGACGGCCGCUGAUGUGGUCAAGCAGUGGAAGGAGAAGAAAAAGAAGAAGAAGCCCACCGCUACCGCCGCUCCCACCGCCGAUGUGGAAAUGCCGCCGGCGGAGAUGCCCACGUUCAGGCCCAUCUUCGGUGUCCCCCUGGCGGAGGCGGUGAAGCGGACCGCGCUAUACGACGGUAUCCAACUGCCCGCGAUCUUCAGGGAGUGCGUGGACUACAUCGAGAACUACGGCAUGAAGUGUGAGGGCAUCUACCGCGUCUCAGGUAUGAAGUCCAAAGUGGAUGAGCUCAAGGUGGCGUACGACCGCGAGGAGUGCCCGUGCCUGGAGGAGUACGACCCUCACACGGUGGCCAGCCUGCUCAAGCAGUACCUGCGCGAGCUGCCCGACAACCUGCUGGGCCGAGACCUGGCGCAGCGCUUCGAGGACGCGUGCGGCCGGCAAGCCGACGCCGACAAGGUGAGCGAGUUCCAGCGGCUGCUGGCCGAGGCGCCGGCCGAGAGCCGCCUCCUGCUCGGCUGGCUGGUCACCCACAUGGACCACGUCAUCGCCAGGGAGGCCGACACCAAGAUGAACAUCCAGAACAUCUCUAUUGUCCUCAACCCCACCAUACAGAUCGGAAACCGGGUCCUGUACAUGUUCUUCACGCACGUAAAGGAUCUGUUUGGCGACGUGGUCCUGAGGCAGGUGGUGCGGCCCCUCCGCUGGUCCAACAUGGCCACCAUGCCGGCGCUGCCCGAGACCCAGGACAGCAUCAAAGAGGAGAUCAGACGACAGGAGUUCCUGCUCAACUGCCUGCACAGGGAUCUGCAGGCCGGCGUGAAGGACUUAUCCAAAGAGGAGCGCUUGUGGGAGGUCCAGAGAAUCCUCACCGCUCUCAAGCGCAAGCUGAGGGAGGCCAAGCGACAGGAGUGCGAGACCAAGAUUGCGCAGGAGAUCGCCAGCCUGUCCAAGGAGGAUGUUUCCAAAGAGGAGAUGACCGAGAACGAAGAGGAGGUGGUUCACCUCUUACUGGCUCAGGAAAAUGAGAUCCUGACAGAGCAAGAGGAGUUGAUCUCUCUGGAGCAAGUAUUGCGCCGACAGAUUGCCGCCGAGAAGGAGGAGAUCGACAGGCUGCGGGCCGAGAUCGCAGACAUCCAGAGUCGUCAGCAGGGCCGUAGCGAAACCGAGGAGUAUUCGUCAGAGAGUGAAAGCGAGAGCGAGGACGAGGAAGAGCUGCAGAUGAUCCUGGAGGACCUUCAGAAGCAAAACGAGGAGCUGGAGAACAAGAACACCCAUCUGAACCAGGCCAUCCAUGAGGAGCAGGAGGCGAUUUUGGAGCUGCGCGUCCAGCUGCGCCUGCUGCAGAACCACAAGUUGCAGCACGAGAUCGCCACGCAGCCGGCGGCCCAUUUGCCGCCGCCGGCCGAGCAAGCCGCGCCCACGCAGCCCAGCCCGGAGGCCCGAGGAGCGGGCGAAGAGCAGGCCAAGGCCACGGACAGCAGCAGCAGCAGCAGCAGCAGCAGCAGCACCGCCGCCGCCGCUGCCUCCGUCGCGGCGCCCGCCGGAAAGACAGUCAAGGAUCCUCCCAAACCGUCACCCAGCAAAGACAGGCGUGACGGCAACAUGUGACGCAAAGUCAAAAGAAAAGGGUAUCGUUACAUAAAAAAUUACAUUUUUACAUCAUUGCCUCAUCUUGUGGCGACAUAUUGAUGAAAUAAUGACAAAUCUGAAAAGUCCCUGAGGUGGCCUUGAAUAUGUGUGUGUCAAUGAGAUUUGAUGCAAAUGCCAUUUUUGACCUGGGAAUGACAGUCAAAAAAAAAUCGUUUCAUCAUGUGACAACAUAUUAACUAAAUACAUACAGAUAUGGAAAGUCCUCAUAGAGGCCUUUAAUAUGAUGUGUGAGUCGAGUUUUGACUUGCUUAUUAGUUCAUUGUCACAAAAAAAAACAUUGCUUAAUUGUAAGGCAACAUAUUGUCUAAACAAUUACAGAUCUGAAACCCGCUAACAGGUUGUUGAGGUUUUUGCAAUUUAGUUUUUUUUAUUAAUUUCUUGUUUAUCGGAAGCAUAGUGACUAAUUACAGAGCUGGAAAGGGCUUUAAUGUUUGAUCCUGAUUGAUUUUUGACCUGUUUAGACAUUUUCAAGCCGAAAAAUGGUUUCAUCAUGCUUUUGUCUCACAGCGAUAUACUGACUUCAUAAUUAUGGAUAUGGCUAGCACUUGUGGCGAUGAUUUUAAUUGGUUUCAAACCUGUGGGCGAUAUUUGUGCAACUGACGGUAAUGAAACCACAAAGCCCACAAAUGCUUCUAAUGUAUGAUAAUGUUCAGUCAACAUAUAUUUUCAUAAAUUCAUGUCAACCUUACACUGUGCCAAAAUGAAGAAAUGAGUGAACAGAACCAAAAAAAAAUACUCGAGUACAUGCAAUGGCUCGAAAUAUUUAAAAAUGUAUAGAUGGAUUCAAAUGAAGCAUUCUCGUAAUAUAUAAAUUAUGUAGAAAUAUAUUGUAGGCAGGAAGGAGCGUUACUGUCUAAUCAUCUCCAUGGUAAUCGUGAUGAUUUCUUGUGUAUUUUUUUUUUUUUUAUUUUGACUGUCCUGUUCUCAUGGCUGUUUGUGGGAGGCGUGGGUGUGAUCUUUAAAUUUCAUGUUCCCCCCAUAUUAUUUUUUUUAAUAUACACAUUAAUUCACUUGUAAUGCUUACUUCUCGUCUAUGAUCUAACGUGUUAUUAAUAAACCUGUGACUGAAACACA